AUCAAUUUUUUCACAUUUCUCUCUAAACUCUAAAGCUCUCAAAAACAAAUAUUUUUACUUAAAAAUGGUCAAGGACAUGGAGUAUGGAAAUGACCAGUAUGCCCCUAAUAGGGACUACCAAGACCCACCUCCAGCACCACUUAUUGACGCAGAGGAACUUGGAAAAUGGUCUUUUUACAGAGCUAUUAUUGCUGAAUUUAUUGCCACACUUUUGUUUCUAUAUAUAACUGUACUCACUGUGAUUGGCUACAAGAGCCAAAGUGAUGGUGACCAAUGUGGUGGUGUUGGCAUUCUUGGCAUUGCUUGGGCCUUUGGUGGCAUGAUUUUUGUUCUUGUUUAUUGCACUGCUGGCAUUUCUGGAGGACACAUUAACCCAGCUGUGACAUUUGGGCUCUUCUUGGCUAGAAAAGUCUCAUUAGUCAGAGCAAUUUUAUACAUAGUAGCACAGUGCUUAGGAGCCAUUUGUGGUUGUGGUUUAGUGAAGUUAUUCCAAAAGGCUUAUUAUGUUAAGUAUGGUGGUGGUGCUAAUGAACUUGCUGUUGGCUACAAUACUGCCACUGGAUUAGGUGCUGAAAUUAUUGGCACUUUUGUUCUUGUUUACACUGUUUUUUCUGCCACUGAUCCCAAGAGAAACGCCAGAGAUUCUCAUGUUCCUGUAUUGGCACCACUUCCAAUUGGAUUUGCUGUAUUCAUGGUUCAUUUGGCCACUAUUCCAAUUACUGGAACUGGUAUUAACCCUGCUAGAAGUUUUGGAGCUGCUGUAAUUUAUGGCAAAAACAAAUCCUGGGAUGACCAAUGGAUUUUCUGGGUUGGACCUUUUAUUGGUGCUGCAAUUGCUGCAUUAUAUCACCAAUAUAUUUUGAGAGCUGGAGCAGCCAAAGCAAUUGGCUCAUUCAGAAGCAAUGCCUAAUAAUAAGAAUUAAUAUAAGCUAUAUUGGCAAUUAUUAAUUUUUAAAUGUGCCAAAAUAUUGUAUUUCCUUCUUGUUUGGUUGCUUUUUCUUAUUUUGGUUUCUUAAUUUUCCUUGUAAAUUUCCUCCUCUUGGCUUCAACAUCAAAAUAAUGGGCCAAGCAAAGUGUGUUCUACUCUUUUUCUUGUCACUAGAAAUACUAAUUUACGCUGAGUACUUGUAUCAAAUCAAUUUUAAUAGUUAAAAUUAA